CGACAGAGCGUCUAAAAGCCAAGGCAUUUCAAUCUCUGCUGCUGCUGCAACUGCAACUGCAAAGCUCGUUGAACCUUGACUCGUUCUGCUCAGAUCCCCCGAUCUUUCUUGUAGUAGAUCUACACGAAUUGAAAGGCUCUGAUUUUGAAUCAUGUCGGCGCUUUUCAAUUUCAAUUCGUUCUUGACGGUGGUGCUGCUCGUGAUUUGCACGUGCACCUUCUUGAAGAUGCAGUUCCCGGCCCUCCUGGAACAGAAAACUGGGUUUCGGGGAUUUUUUUGGAAGGCCGCUAGAAUAGGUGAACGCUUGAGCCCUUGGGUUGCUGCUGGAUGCAUUGCGAUGGGUGUCUCAAUUAUACUUUUCUAGGUUAGGGCGUAGACAGGUGCAAGGAAACUUGGUGCAUGGUUGUGUUUUUUGGACUUGUGAAUUACAAUGACUAGAGCAUGGUCCAGUGAUCUUUGCUGGAAGGAAAAAGACAAUUAGAGUGAGACAUUAGAGUUGCAAAAUUUGAUUUUGCAUGAAUGAAUGGUGUAUGGAUUACCUUUUUCAAAAAGAGGAAGAAACACAAACAAAUAGUGCAAAUCUUUUUUGUUUUGAAGUAACUGUAGCAAUCACUAAUUACCAAUCGAAUCGGAUUCGCACAAA